GCCCUGACUCCCCCCCCCGCACCCCAGCAUGGGGAACGAGAGCCUGGGCCCGCCGGGCUACCUCCCCCACUACCUGCUGCGGGGAGACCCCUUCGCCUCCCGCCUCUCCCCCCUGGCCGACAUCAUGGCGGCCCUCUACAUCGGCAUCAUAGGUAUCCUGUCAGCUACAGGUAAUGGUUACGUUAUCUACCAGUCCUUCAGACGCAAGAGCAAGCUGAAGCCCCCAGAGAUGAUGACUGUUAACCUCGCCAUCUUUGACUUCGGCAUCUCAGUGUUCAGCAAGCCGUUCUUCAUGGUGUCCAGCUUCUCCCACCGCUGGCUCUUCGGCUGGCAGGGCUGCCGCUGCUACGGCUGGACGGGGUUCUUCUUCGGCUGCGGGAGCCUCAUCACCCUGACGGUCGUCAGCCUGGACCGCUACCUGAAGAUCUGCCACCUGUCCUACGGCGCGUGGCUGAAGCGCCAGCACACCCUCCUGGUCCUGGCGGCAGUGUGGUUCUACGCGGCCUUCUGGGCCACCAUGCCCCUGCUGGGGUGGGGGAGCUACGCCCCGGAACCCUUCGGGACCUCCUGCACGCUGGACUGGUGGCUGGCCCAGGCCUCGCUGUCCGGCCAGACCUUCGUCCUGUCCAUCCUCUUCUUCUGCCUGGUCCUGCCCACCGCCAUCAUCGUCUUCUCCUACGUCAAGAUCAUCAUCAAGGUCAAGGCCUCCAUCCAGGAGGUGUCCAGCUUCGACGCCCGCAUCAAGUCCAGCAACGUCCUGGAGAUGAAGCUGACCAAGGUGGCGAUGCUGAUCUGCGUCGCGUUCCUGGUCACCUGGAUCCCCUACGCCGUCGUGUCGGUGGUGUCGGCGUUCGGCCAGCCGGACUCCAUCCCCAUCGCCCUCUCCGUCAUCCCCACCCUGCUGGCCAAGUCCUCGGCCAUGUACAACCCCAUGAUCUACCAGGUGAUGGACCUGAAGAACUCCUGCAAGAACCUGUCCUGCUUCCAGAACAUCAAGAAGAGGACGCACUUCAACACCUCCAGGUUGUAUGCUGUGUCCUGCUCCCUGAAAGGCCGAACGCCAGCCAAUGAAACGCCGCUGGAGGCGUGACUACAGGACGGACACCUUGAUCACACACACACACACACACACACACACACACACACACACACACACACACACACACACACACACACACACACACACACACACACACACACACACAGCCUAUCCACAUCAGCAGCGAAUUGUCUCUUCUUGGCUCCUCCCACUGCCAGUCUCUACCCAGAAUGCUCUUUUCAAGGUCAUGUGACAGAUCGGCUCAAGGCCUCAAUGUUUGGAAGAUUCAAAAUUGACCCCUAGGAGACUUGUUUUGAAGCGGGACUCUUAAGGAAGGCAUUUGAACCUCUUGUGUUCGUUCGUCUGCCCCAGGUUCAAAGUUCAGAAUCAAACUUUUGUUGAAUGUGAUUGACUACACCCCCAGGCGCCGAAAAGGGGGGGUAAAGGAGACGGAUUCUAGGGGCCCAUGAUGGAGGGGGGCCCAGAGAGGCCCCUAAUGAUGAUGAAAUUAUAAUACAGAAAUUAUUAUACUGUUCUUUUCAUGGGGCCCAAAAUCCCUAGCGGCGCCCCUGUGCGCCCCAGGAGAUGCCCGGGAUGUAUCCGCACAAACAGACACUUUAGCACAAAGCCUGCCCCCUGGUGGUCACGUUAACGUGGGGCGGACGGUUCAACGGCAGCCUCAUCUCAAGCUGCAGGUCAAGGGUCAGAGUUCAGGUGAGUGUUGAGGUUCAGGUUUCAAGCUUCCCGGUUAAGGCUUUAGUUUGAGAUGGAUGGUGGUUUCUCAUCUCAGACCCCAACCUGCUGCCGAGCUUAUGAGGGAUGAACUAUUGCAAUAUGUACAAAGUCAGUGGAAGUCUUGGAAGAUGGUGAAUGGACUGCAAUAACCGGAACACACGCUGGGUCGGGUAGUUCUCCUUUCCCUUGAGUGGAACUGCAAUUAUGUGACCGUUACUUCACCGCUUUACCACUAUUGACAUUUGAACACAACUGCGAUAGCCUAUAGACACUAGUAUUUAUAACAAAUAAUGAAUGCUUUGUUUCUUGCACUACUGCACAAUCGGAACUGCAACGUAUACACAUAAUAAAACAUAAAGAAAGGAGAAGACACGGGUGAUGGUCGGCCUUAUGCGGCUCAGGCCUCUGGCGCCCUCUUGUGGUAGAAAUAUGGAACACUGGUGGGAAUUUAUAUCAACAUCCGUUCUGGGAUUCAUUGCAUUAUGUGUAUCAUUGGGAAAUAAAUAGAUAUAAAGUGCAUUUAAGAUUUGCUCAUGACUUUACCUGGGUAAAUAUUCAGAUAAAUGUUCAUCCGUAAUUUGAGGUUCGAUGUCAUUAAUGUGGAAGGCAUAUUCUUUGUUAACAAACGAAAUAACAUGUCCGAAGGCCUGCGGCGACAGACGGAUACGAAACAGCACAAGAUCAACAAUGUGAACAUUAUCGUAUCAUCCGACAAGAUCACUGGAUAUAUCCCAGGGAAGUGAAUCCGGAACACCUGCGAUAGGUGAACGGGUGGAAGUUGUGUUCCCACAGACGACAUGAACAAGUAAGUCAAUCUAAAUGGGUGUGUGAGCGGGUUAGUGUGUGUACCUGGCCGAACGAAUCAUGUGUGUACCUGUGUCUUACCGUUCUGUGCUGAAAAAAUAAAAAUGGUCCUCUAUAUUGAAUCACUGGAGAGCGUUAAGGAGAUGAUUCGUGAACCUUUGGAUCUUAGCUGUAAGUUGCUGUAGCGGUUUAACUUUAGUUUGGUGCGUCACCUCGCUCUGCCGCCAGGGGGCGCCUCGGCUCCUUAUUUGGCAGCGUGAUGCAGAGAUCGGUAGUACCGGCCUGGGAGGAUUUAUAGAACUACUGUCUGGUUUGCAUAAUGAUACUUAUUUUAUAUCACUAUUGUAUCC